AUGGGCGUUCCAGCGUUUUUUCGAUGGCUCAGUCGCCGAUGCGGCGCGAUCGUCAUCAACUGUGUUGAAGAACCGCAAAAAGAAAUUGAUGGAGUCCAAGUGCCAAUCGAUUUAUCUGGCCCGAAUCCGAACGGUGUAGAAUUCGACAAUUUAUACAUUGACAUGAAUGGUGUGAUUCACCCGUGUUCGCAUCCUGAAGAUCGUCCCGCGCCGAGGAACGAGGAAGAAAUCUUCGAAUGCAUCUUCGACGCUUUGGACAGAAUGAUGAACAUUGUCAGGCCAAGGAAGCUGCUUUAUUUGGCGAUUGACGGACCCGCUCCAAGAGCGAAAAUGAACCAGCAGCGUUCGCGUCGUUUCCGCGCCGCGAAGGAGUCCAUCCAGCUCGCCGAUCUCAAAGCAGAAAAGAAGCUUGAGAUCGAGCGGAACGGUGGUAGGUUACCGCCACCAGAUCCAAAGAAGGAGAAAUUCGAUUCCAACUGUAUCACACCUGGAACAGAAUUUAUGGACCGUCUCGCCAAAGCGCUCAGAUUCUACAUCUCGGAAAGGCUGAAUAAAGAAGCCGGUUGGCACGAGUUGAAUGUGAUCCUGUCCGACGCCUCUGUUCCCGGCGAAGGAGAGCACAAGAUCAUCGACUACAUCCGAAAGCAGCGUAACACGCCAACCCACGAUCCCAAUACACACCACUGUAUUUGGGGUGCCGAUGCUGAUUUGAUCAUGUUGGGUUUGGCCACGCACGAGCCCAAUUUCACUAUUGUUAGAGAGGAGUUUGUUUACGGAAAACCGAAGCCUUGUACGCUCUGUGGACAAUGUGGCCACGAGCUGAUCGAUUGCCAAGGUCUUCCAGAAGGAGCGGAAGACAAAGAGCCGCCUGUUUUCUCCAAGGGAAAUUAUAUUUUCAUCAGAAUAGCGACAGUUCGCGAGUGGAUUGCCCAAGAGCUUCAAAUUCCAAAUAUUCCGAUUCCUUGGGACUUGGAAAAUAUAAUAGAUGAUUGGAUUCUAUUGUGUUUCUUCGUUGGUAACGAUUUCUUGCCUCACUUGCCCUCGUUGGAGAUCAGAGAGGGUGCGAUCGACAAGCUCGUUGGAAUCUACAAACGAACUGUUUGCGAAAUGAAGUCCUACAUGACGAGGGACGGUACAGUUAACCUCAAGGCGGUAGAAUUCGUCAUGAGAAGUAUCGGUCGAAUGGAAGACGCGAUUUUCAAGAAGCGACGGCAAGAAGAGUGCCAAAGAAGAAUAAGAGACGAGCGAAGAAGAAAUCAUGACAGAAAUAAACGCUUGAAUAGAAAUCAAGGCCACGAAACACCGGUCGCGAAAUCAGGAGUGAUGGAGCCAAAAAUGGUGAAUCAACAUCAGCGACAAGCAAAAGCGCAUGAUCUGAAUAAAACUGCACGUCAGAUUCGACAGGAAGCUGCCGAGGCGAGACUCACUGCAGCCAAACUCGAGGAUCAGGAUACGGAGCAAAUUACGCUCAGCGCACUUGCAAAAGCACGAGCUAUGCAAGCCCGACAAAACGACAACGCCGCGUUAGAUGCCGAAGACGAAGUCCGUCUCUUCGAAGAUGGAUGGAAGGAUCGCUACUUUAGGACGAAGUUCGACGUCUCUUCUGAUGAUCAUUCUUUCAAGCGUAAAGUUGUUGCUGCUUACACUGAGGGGCUUUGCUGGGUCUUCGCUUACUACUUCCAGGGUUGCUUGGAUUGGGGAUGGUACUAUCCGUUCCAUUACGCUCCUUUCGCUAGUGAUUUCGUCGACUUGGAAUCGAUUAGUAUCAAGUGGGACAGAGAUGCAAAGCCAAGAAAGCCUCUUGAACAGCUUAUGUGCGUCUUCCCAGCUGCUUCUGGCGAGUUCUUGCCUCCUUCCUGGCGAAAACUCAUGUCUGAUCCUUUCUCCCAAAUCAUCGACUUCUACCCGACCGAUUUCGUCGUCGAUCUCAACGGGAAGAAAUUCGAAUGGAUGGGAGUCGCCCUUUUGCCAUUCUUGGACGAAGCUCGGCUACACAAGACCUUGGCGACUGUUUACUCCGAUUUGACAGAAGAUGAAAAGAGAAGAAACGGAGUUGGAGAGGAUAAACUUUUCAUUGGAAGAAGGAAUAAGAUCUAUGGAAAGAUCAGGGACAUCUACGAGUCUGACAAGAAGGAAUUUCACAUGGCGGAAGAAGGAGCAGAUAUUGAAGCCAAAGAAAUCCACGGAAUCCAAGGCAUCCUCUCAGUCGACCCCAUGUGCAACCCUGAAGAUACCUUCCUCCAAUCCCCCGGCGACUUCUGUGAAGACAUCAAAAACAAUUUCGCUAUUUCUGCAACUUAUAAUCUUCCCGAAUUCCCACCCGGAUUCGUCUUCCCUGCAAAAAUUCUUCCAGGCGCAAAGUUCCCCGAAUCGAGACUGAAAGAGAAGGGAAACAGAAGUAAUCGUGCCCCACAGGAUUGGAGCAAAAACAACCACAGAACAGGCGCUCGCGUCGAUCACGCCGGCCACAGAAUGCUCGACCACUCGAUGCCACAGAGUGCACAUCAGAAUAGAUACGGUCGACCCCAGGACGCAUACUCGAGAGGAGGAGGAUACGGAGAUCGCGGAGGAUAUAGAGGUCGCGGGGGUCACCACCACCAUCGACAGCACCACGGAGGAGGAGGCUAUCAGCAGCACCGUGGAGGACACUCGGGCGGAUACAACCACCGAGGAGGACAUGAAGGCGGAUAUAAUCGAGGCAGAGGCCACCAGCGAUACAAUCCUUAUUGA